GGCACCUUCUAAUAAACUGGUUACCAUCUAAAGAGGAAGCUGAAGACUCUUAUUUUGAAACUGACCGGAUGUUGUUGCGACUGCUGAGUCUGUAGACGCGAAAACAUUUCUGUAAGUGUGUUUAUAAAACUGUCCUGAACCCCGCUGACCGUGAAAGCUCUUCUUGUCUUAAAGCAUGGCAGACCCGGCCCGUGUGAACAGGCCCCUGGAGAGAGCCAGGCCGGACGAGGGGUCCUGGGACGCCCCGGGGAGCAGCAGCACCUCCUCUGAACCCGCUGCCAAAGAUAGAAAGAGUUCAGUCAUUACUGAUCUGACUGUGAUUCAGAGAUCCGCUGGUGAAGAAGAGGAAGAGGGAUCUUCAUCACUCCAUCCUCCCCCGGACAAAAAACUGAAAAUAGAGCAUGACAAGAAAAAGGAGAAGCGGCAGAAAGUGGAUGAAGAUGAAAUCCAAAAGAUGCAAGUUUUAGUGUCAUCCUUUUCUGAAGAACAACUGAAUCGCUAUGAGAUGUACAGACGCUCGGCUUUCCCAAAGGCUGCGAUCAAAAGACUGAUUCAGUCCAUCACAGGAUCGUCUGUCUCUCAGAAUGUGGUCAUCGCUAUGUCAGGGAUAUCCAAAGUGUUUGCUGGGGAGAUCGUUGAGGAAGCUCUUGACGUGUGUGAGAAGUGGGGAGAUACUCCACCUCUGCAGCCCAAACACAUGAGAGAAGCUGUCCGGAGACUGAAGAGCCGAGAGCAGAGUCCCAACACCAAACACAAACACAUCCUCUUCCACUGAGUCCCUCCCACUUAUUAUUAUUAUUCCUACUUUUAUAUCUCUGGUGUGUUUGGGAAUGACUGUUGUUUUCUUCAGUUUUGUUCAUGAUGUGUACGGUAGAGGAUGCAGUAUACAUCUUAUUUUGUCCACAGUCUGUCCUCUGGGGCAAAUAACAUCACAACAAUAAAUUCAUGUUAAUGGAGUAUUAAUGGUGGAAAAUAUAGCAAUUUUUUUUUAUGUGUUUUGUAAUAUCUGGUUUAUUUUGAAAGCUGUGCAGAUACAUUUUGUAACUAUGUUGUGUGCAUGGAAAUAUAAAAAUUUAAUCUUUUCACUGUUGUUUAACUGAAAUAAAAAAAGUAAUAUUUUGUCAGAA